CCUUUGUUAUGGCAGCGUGGCGACUCCUGUUCCCUUUGCUACUAUUGUCAUCGGAGUUGUGGUCGAAGACCGAGACUGACAACGUCACUCUAAAAGCGGAAAACUCCACGGAUGAAACGUCCCCCACUGGGACGUCCCCCAGCGAAACGUCCCUCCCUGGGACCUCCCCCAGUGGGAUCCCCCCGAGUAGGACCCCGCCAAGCAGGACUCCCGGCAUCCAGACAAAAGAAAGUGCUGGCUGCCCCUGUGACCUGCAUCCAGGCUUCUGCGACAUCAAUUGCUGUUGUGAUUCACACUGUGGUUCAGAAUGCAACUUUGGUGCCCCUGGGUGCCCCUUCUCUUUCUGCCUUCCAGGCAGUACCAGAGCUGUGAGUCAGGUGUGUUUGGAAAAGUCCCUGAUUUUCCGAAAUAACACUCCCUUCCAUACUGAAAUCCUUCCAGGUCCUGAUGGAUGUGUACUACUCUUCUGUGUGCAGUUAAAUGAUUCUACACUGAACUAUUUACAAGUGCCGCAGAUGGUAACAACAGUAAAUUUUCCAGUACUUUCAGCACAAUAUGGAAGGCCAUCAUUCACCCCUCCAGAACAAGUUUGGUCUUCUCCAUCUGCCUUUUAUCAAGUUGGGGAUCAAAUUCAGAUUUAUUAUGCUGAAUCAUCUACGCUAAGUGUGCUUAAGCAGCCUGUGGGCAUUGGAACCAGUCAGAUUUGCACUGAUGAGAAUCCUGCUGGUUUCCUGGAAAGUAAAACUACCAGCUGUAUUAGGAUCUUCACUGACCUGAUAAGCAGUUGUACCUCUGACCCUGCAUUGGAUGCAGCUUCAUAUUAUCGUAACUUCAGUGUAUUGCAGGUCCCAGUCAAUUUUAGUGAUUUCCAUCUCUUCGAGGUCCCCAUUAUCCCUUAUUCGGAGCCUGCAGUUCCUGGGCUGAAUGGUAAUACAUGCCACAAUGUUGUUUCUGAGGUGAAUUAUGAAAUAGAAUUUAAUGGGAUCCAUGGAAUCCAAAAGGUUUACGUUCAGUUCAAAUUGACCAAUAUUUCUGGAAAUCCAGGAGUCACAUUACAACAACAUUUUUCUCUGCAUUUUGGGAGUAGAAGACCUCCUCUGACCAAACGAAGAAGUGGAAAUCCUGGCUAUAUCACAGGAGCGCCACUAAAAGCUUUAUAUAGAGGGAUCCAGCAACAUGUAACCAUUUUACAGAACCAAGCUAAUGGCCAGUGCUCAGCAGCUGAGAGAUUUACAGUACAAUUUGGGGAGAAUGUAAGAACAGGCUGCCAAUUCAGUAUACCCUUCAAACCUGAGGAAAGAAAUUGUAGUGACUUGCAGGAGCUAUUUUACCAAGCCUUCCAAGGAGGACUUAGCACCGGGCAUUUGGCCAUAACUGGCAAUGCUGAUCCAGGCCAUCCAGAGCAAUGGACCAGAUUUUUUACCCAGAGGUGUAAGUUGCAGGAUGGGCAUUGUAUGAUUCCUAUUUCCCUAGAGAUUCAAGUGAUAUGGGCUACUGUGGGCCUCUUAUCUAAUCCACAAGCUCAAGUGUUGGGUGGACGGUAUUAUUACCUUUGCAGACCUCUAAAGUCUCUGGGUAUGUAUAUGAACAUGUUGCCUUUGACAAGUACAGUUACCUUCACAGAUGUUACCAAAUGGCCGGAGUCACCACAUGGUCAACCUGAUGUUUAUAGGAAACUUCCAUUUGAUUUCUUCUUUCCUUUUAAAAUGGCAUUGAAUGAAGCUGUGAAUGGUUCACGCAACAUAUUGGGCACUUUGAUUAUGUCAUUAAUGUUUUAUGGAAUAUUGGUGAGCUUCUAAUAGGGAAAAAGAAUAGCAUUUCAUGUAACAUGGUAUCAAAAAUGAUUGCACAAUGAGUGAUAGAGCGCUGAAGAGAAUGGCUAAUUCUCUGCCUAAAUUCCUAAAGGAGGGAGGCUCUGAACAUCUGUGUGUCAGAUAAUUGAAACGCAUCGCAACCAGUCUCAAGGUUGUAUGGAAGGUUAAGUAGACAUAUUGUAAAACCAAUAGUCCAUAAUGAAUUGAUCAUAUGUAUGCUGUGCAUAAUAUUUAAUAUUUAGCCCUUGACAGUAAUUGUUCCAUAAGCGAUUGCUGUUUUGGUUAUGAAUGGGCUGUGUGUGACAGACUUGCUAUCAACCUGGGGGAUGUUAAAGUGGGGGUCCAAAGCGACAGUGGCAGGGGUUCUUUUUUGUGUUCUGAAACCUCUGAAUUUUCUGUGAAACUCCUUGCCUUUCUUCUGCCUAAAGGUGUGUUAGCUUUGAACAUCUUUAGAUUACAAGUGACAAAAAAAUUCUUUAAUCAUGGACUCUUAGUAUCUUUUUUCAAGAUGAAUUAUAUCAAAAGUAUGAAGAAUCGUGUAAUUUUAGUAUACAUUUUUCCUAUUAGGAAUAUGAUUGAGAUAUUUGAUAAAUUACAAUUCAGUAAUUAACACAAAUACUUAGCUUCAUAGGUUUUAUUUAACAGCUAAUAUUUUAAUUAAACAAUGUUUAUGCUGUUGUUUAGAAUACUAGUUCUUCAUUUAUAGGAUGUUCCAGUCUUUCCUAAAAGAGUGAACCUGAAACAUGAAAAGCUAUAUAUAAAUCUAUAUAGGUGCCUUAAUACCAGAAUCACUCUUUAAAUUGAAAAGAUUUAAUGAAUAUUUUCAUUAAAAUCACACUCACACACAAAAGUGUUAUUAUUAGUGUUGUAAUCUAUGAAGUUUUCCACUCAUGUUUCAAUGUUUUAAUUAUCAACUAUGUUGUAUAAAGUUACAUUUGCAAAUGUAUGCUUUGCAAUGGUAGCAUUCAGUGGAUAUGACAAAUUAUAUCAUUGAUCAUUGUAGUUUCAUAUAGUGUUAUAAAUUCUAGCAUGCUUUCUUUCCGUAAUUAUACUUUGAAUUUCCCUUUGCUCAAGCAAUUGAAUUAAUUGAAUUCUUAUGAAUGAUUAUUAGCAUUUUGCAGCCAUAAACAAUAAUGCUAGCCACUCUUUAAUAUUUUAAACCAUAGAGGUCUUUAAAUCUUUUUGGUACCAAAUUACAUUUAUCUUAAAUCCACAUGAAUGAAUGAAUGAAUGAAUGAUAUCCUUGAGAAACAAGGGAUAUUAUCAGGGACUAAAUCAGAAUGCACUUCCACAAUCGAUUUACUUAGCUAUAGGUAUUCAGUAUUUCAGAAUAGUAAUGGAUUCCUGUGGAUCUAUAGACCCUUUAAGAUAAUUUAAUAAAAUAGGUUUAAGCUAAUUUCACAAGAGGAAUGAAUAAAAUAACAAGCAUUUUAAAGUGUUACUAGUUUUAUCAAAACAUGCAUAUAUAGGAGACUGAAUUACCUCUCCACAUCAAACCAAUUUUGAUGAAGAUACGAAUUGGAAAAGUUUUUAGGGUUUUAGAGCAAAAGAAAUUCAUAUUCUAUGUACAAAAAUGUGUUGAAAUAAAGUUGGAUUUAAUCUUUUUUUUUGUAUUGUAUGUAUUCUCAUAUACAUAUUAUUCAGCUUUUUUACUUGGAAAAAGUUCAUACUGUAGCUAUGAUGAUCAAACCUCCAGCUAAAUUUCAGAAUCUUUUUGAAUCAUAUAGCAAACAAAUACAGUGACCUUCUACCUUGUCAACUCUAAAAUAAGGACAUUGUAUGAAAAAAUUAGUUUCAGAGUCCAAAUAGAAGAGUUAGCAGUUUAUGACUUUCCAGUUGGAAUGCAAUAAGACAGCGCUUGGCCAAAAGCCUGGCUUCUCUGUUUUCAAAACACAUGGAGUUAUAAGUAUUGCUGGAGUAUCUGUGCUCAGCAAUUGUGUUCAAACAUUUGCCUUUUCAUAUUAUUCAAAUGCAACAGUAAUUUAUAUAAAUAGGCUGCUUUUCCAAAUGGUAAGAAAUUAAGGCAAUUUCUCUUGAACAUGUAUGCACCAACUAUUGCUUUCAUGAAACUUUAUUGAGCAUAUUAAUAAGGUGCAUAGUCCACAUCUAAUCUCAAACCAAUAUUGGGAUACUUGAGUGAAAGGUUCCAACUUGUUGCAAAGAUACUGAUAUCUCUCUGCAUAAUCAUACUUGGUUUACUAAGUUUGCUUAGUUUAAUUUCAAUUUUUCCCAUAUGCAAUUUUUCUUAAGUCAAAGAACUGAUCAAGAGUGUAGAAUGUUACUUCAUUA